AUGCUCUGCAGACACCUUUUCAUAGCGAUUCUCCUGAGCUACAAUCUCACAACUGCAGACAACACGCAACUCAGCAAAACAAUCGUCGACAUACUCCUGCAACACUUUGUCCACCCAUUCAAAGCCAUCCAGCUGGACCAGGCGAUAAGUCAUCCAGCAAGACUUCAACGUCAACAAGACCUGAUCGAUACCGUUCUCCGCAUGCUAGGAGGUCGUCUAGCGAUUUGUCAUUACAGUUACCUUCCGACAACCAUCGAAUUGCAUUUCCUUAAUCUGGUUUUCAUCAACAGUGAUAAUACUUUUGAAGAGUUGCUCACCAUCAGAAAUCCCAGUCGUUACGAUACGGCGGGAUACUACCUUCUAGUGAUCAGCGAACCAGACCCUUCUGAGCAAUCCAUUGACAACGUUCUAACCGGUCUAUGGAAGCUACAUCUAGCAAAUGUCAACGUGGUACUCGAGCGUAGCGGUAACGUUCUGGUGUACACCUACUUUCCAUUUCAGGAAGGUCGUUGCAAACGCAUUCAAUCGGAACUACUGUUCAACCAGACGGCUCAGAAAAGCCGCAACAAUCUACCAGUAUUUUACUGGAAUCGCUUGCGUAAUUUUCAUGGUUGUACCCUAAUUGGAGGAACGUUUGAGGCGAAGCCUUUCAUAAUCUACCGUAACACGACGUCAAACACAACUCUAGAAGCUGGUGGAUUUGAAGGAGACCUGAUGCAGGUUCUCGCAAAGAAACUGAACUUCUCAUUGGCCUGGAAGAAUUCCCCCGGACAGUGGGGUUUCGCUCGACCGAUCGGCAAAAGCACCGGCUUGAUGAAGAUGACUCAGCAAGAGGAGGUGCAUUUUGCUAUCGGAUGCCUAGCUAUGGAUCCGGAUCGGUAUCGCUACUUGAAGGCUGGAGUGUCACACUACACCAGCAAAAUCUUGUUUGCGGUUCCGCAUGGACGUCCAUACACGGCACUUGAGAAACUAAUCGGCCCUUUUCAAACAUCGGUUUUGGUGAUGCAAGCCUUUGUGUUACUGGUAACAUGCGUCGUAGUUCUGGUUCUGCGCUUCACCAACAGCAAAGUCCGGGCAUUCGUCUACGGAUGGGGCACCACAACGCCACUUUUGAACGCCAUAGCCAUCCUCUUCGGAGUAUCCGUUCCGCGACCUCCGGUCAGGAACUUCGCUCGCACACUCCUAUUUUUGUGGCUUAUGUAUGGCUUCAUUUUUGCAAGUCUCUACCAAGGAUCGCUGUACAGCUACCUCCAGAAACCCAUGCACUACCCACCGUUGAAGACUAUGCAGGAAAUCGACCGCUCCGGUCUUCACUACUACAUGGUCGACAUUGGGACUCGAUUCUUCGUGCACAACCCCAGUAUCGUUCGACGAACCAUAAUCAUCCCGCCCGGGAAGGACAGUCUGGGUCACAUGGUCGCCAACCUCGGUCUCAACCAGCUCAUCGAUGGAGUUGUUCUCACCCCGAUGGAUCUGGUGGCGUACAAUAACCGGGUCAACCCGCGAAGCCGCUUUGUCCACAUCGCCCGGGAGCACGUUUCGGUAUUUCCGGUGGGGCUGUACUACCCGAAGCAGUCGGCCUUGCGGGAUGUGUUCGACGAGCAGGUGCGGAUGAUUGUCCCGUCCGGACUGGUGAGUUACUGGAUCGAACGGUACGGCGAUUACGAUUUCUUCGCACGACCCAUGGAGAAAUCUGAACCGCGGAAGUUGAGCAACGCCCACCUGAUUGGGGCGUAUCAGCUGUAUGGGUGCUGCCUUGGGGUCAGUGUGGGGGUGUUUUUAGUGGAAUUGGCGGUACCGAGAUUGCUGGCAUUGGGCGCGUUUUUACGACGGUUGAUUGAUUGAGACACGACAAAUAGGAUAAUGGAUUGGGGAGCGAUUGCGUGACAGCUGGUUUGCAAUUUGUUGCAACGGGAGAUAGAUCUUUUAAACUGAUAAAGGUGUGGAUAAUGAAUCCAAUUGUUUUGCGUGUUUAUGUAGGCAGCUAAAUAGUUAUUUUUAUAACUGGCGUUACACAUGUACGUAGAUAAAACGAUAUAGCUUUGAUGAGAAAAUACUGUGUAAACAUUAACAUCUAAACUCUAAUCGUCUUAUUUAACCCUUCGUCAGAGGCGUAGUCCCAAGAUGUUAAUGGAAAUAUAUUCAUUGAAGUAUUUUGCAAGUGUAAUGAAUUAUAUGUGCGUGGAAAUAUUUUAGGGUGUUUUAUUCGGCUCCUCCACAAGGCAUAUUAAAAAAAAACCUAAACUGUUCGUGUUUACAAUAUAUUGCACAAAUGAUUAUGUUGAUUAAAAUCG